UAGUAAACACAUUGCAUAACAAUUAAGCCCAUGAAUAUACUUAGUUUUCUGCCAAGUUGUGUAGAGUAAUCAUCAAACUCUACAUUUAAAACAUUUUUAAACUCAAAGCAAAAGUACAAAACAAUCGUAGUGACUUAUUUAUAAUUAAAAAAGAAACUUUAAAUUAUAAAUUAAUGUAGUCAAGUAUUAUUAAAGAUCAUAAAAGAUGAAUCAUAUCAAAAAGGUACUAUUAGACCCAGAAAUAAGAUCAUGGGUAAUGAGCACUCAUUUCUGGGGUCCUAUCAUGAACUGGAUGAUACCAUUAGCGACAAUAUCAGACAUGCAGAAGAGUCCAGAUAUCAUCAGUGGCAAGAUGACAGUAGCGCUGACCUUCUAUUCACUAGCAUUCAUGCGUUUUGCUGUCAAAGUUCAACCAAGAAAUAUGAUGUUAUUCUCAUGUCACGUUAUCAAUAUAGGAGCUCAAACUACUCAAGGAAUACGUUUCAUAAACUUUCAUUACAUCAACAAUAAUAAAAAUAAUAAUAUGCAUAAAUAAAUAAAUAAUCUAUUUAGAAAGUCCAUAUUUUUUUAUUGUAAAAAGGGAAAAAGAGAAAUAAUGUUGUUGGCAUUAGGCUAAUUUAUGGAGAGAAAAGACUAUAAAUAAUUCGCUGAAAUCAACUGAA